AGCUCAUCAGGCGUAGCUAUGAAUAUAAAUGGCGCUUCUUGAAAUAUAUCGUUGUCCAGUGUUGAGAGAAAUACACUUUCCAUUUUUCCACAUUGGGACAGCAUUUCAGUUGAUCAUAACCAUAUCUUCUCUUAUAGUUCCUUUCUUUAUAUGCUAUCGCUCGGGCGGUAAGUUACAAAAAGUAUUAUGGAUUUUGGUUACAAGAUUCAAUUUAUAUUGAACAACCACAAAUACGUUUUUUAAAACAAGUUUAUAUGGAAUUGAAAGGAUCUAAUCAAACCAGCUAUACAUGGAGUACCUAUACAGAUUUAAAUAGUCAAUUCAGUUCAAAUCUUAUUAUACCUCAUAUGUCUAUUCAACAAUUAGAUGAUAAUUAUGAUGGAAUAUAUGAUCAAUUAAAAUUGAAAUUUCAAAUUCCAAUUGAAGAUCAAAUAAAUAGUUUAUAUAUAUUACUACUAUUUAGUUAUCAAUUAAAAGAACGUAUGAAUUUAAUAAUGCAAACUCCAUUAAUUAUUCGAUUUGACAUGCCAAAUUUAUUGGGAUUUUGUAAAUAUUCUAUGUAUGGACAAUUAUCAUUACAUCAAAGAGAACCUUUACUUGAAGGUUAUAUGAAUACAGUCUAUAAUAAUUCAAUUAUCAAUAACGAACAACAUAAACUUAAAGAUAUUCAAUUGGAUACCAUUCAAAAAUUUUUAAAUAAACGACAUGUAACAUUAAAAAUUGAUCCGAAAUAUGAAACUUGGACAUUGGGUUCUGCAAGUUACUUAGAUCCAUUAGUAUUAAAUUUAACUUUGUUUUAUAAACCAAACAAAAUUUGGUCACAUCCAAAUAUUUUUCAUAUGUUAUGGUGGGGAUGGAUACAAUAUUUUCCUAUUUUAUUAUUUAGUCUAUUUAUAGGUGAUCGAAUUAAAGCAUUUGUUUAUGGGCAUCAUUUAAUUUAUGGAUUUAUUAUGAAAUAUGAUAGGAUACUAUAUAAACAGUAACUGUUUUUCACCCCCCACCCGCCAUCCCUCUUUCUCUUUCUCUUUUGUCACUAUGUCAAAUUGAAAAAAUAACAGUCAAGAAUGGAAGUAAUAUUUUUUUGGGGGGGAUAAUUUGUAAUAUAUACAUAUAUUGUUUACCUAACUAAAUAUUUGUAUCUAUGUGAGAACUGUUUUAUUCGGCGUCUUUUUUACUUCAUUAAAAGUGGUUAAAACAA